CGUCUGGCGAGGGAGCAGCCGUGGGUGGUGGCAGCAACUCAUCGAGCGGCGUGGAGGAGGGAGCCGCCAGGGUGGACCACGCCUACAGCCUGCACGUCACCGCCCGCCAUGCACUAAGGGCUGUGGGCGUGCAUGACCGCCAACCAAAGACUCAGCCCAGAGGAAGAGCCAGGCCAGCACCACCACAGGGACAGAGGACGAUGAGGAGAGUGUUCCAACGCUGCUCCAACUCAAGGUUCAUAGGCCACACGCUGAGCCCUGCCAAGAUGUCCUGCCAGGUGGUCGGCCUCCACCCCUACACCUCCCACUGGUUCCUCCUGCUGCCCCACUACAAGGAUGUGCCAAGUAUGCCCUCCAGCCUGCAGUCCUUGGAUGAUGGAGUGAGGUGUGGGUGCAGUAAGGUGACAGGUUACUGGUGCGUGCCUAGUACCGCCGGUAAAACGAGGAUCAAGCCUCCACCUCACCCAUCACCCUCCGCGUGCCGUGGAUUAAGGCCAACCUUAACGUGUGCAUAUCUGGUGAGCUCUGGGACCACCCUGCCCUCCCUCACCCACAGGGAUGAGCUUAUCAAGGAGUGGGCGAAACCCUCCACACUCUGACCUGUGUGUUGGCCCGCCAUGUGUACGCCCUCGGCCUCAGCAGUCUGCCGCUGGAGCGCGUCGGUGAACGGCGACUCGUCAGGAGGGGCUUCACCAAGCGCUCCGGCCUGGAUCAAUCACCUAAGAUGGAA